AUUUUAGAAUAUCAUAAAGCCUUCAAACUUUUUGAUAAAGAGGGUAAUGAUACAAUUCCUGGUGAAGCAUUAGGUGAUUUAUUACGCGCUUUAAAUCAAAAUCCAACAAAUGCUGAAGUAGCUGAGCUCGCUAAAGGAGCUGGACCAAAAAUUAGUUUUGAUAAAUUUCUUGAAAUUCUUUUACGUCCUGAUGGAUUUGCGCCUGCGGCAUCAUAUGAAGAAAUUUUUGAAGGAUUUCAAGUUUUUGAUAAAGAUCGAACUGGUUAUAUAUCAGUUGGUGAAGUAAAAUAUGUUUUAACAAGUUUAGGUGAGAAACUUUCCGAAGCCGAAGUAGACGAUUUAAUUAAAAUAGUUGACGUUGAUAAGAAUGGAAAUAUUAAAUAUGAAGGUACGUUAAUUUAA